AUGUCGCUGCUCCUCACGUCUUGCACGUGGUCUGAAACGUCUGCGGACCGACAAUCCAUUGUCGUUUUUGGCGCCACCGGGGUUAUAGGUCAGGCAAUAGUGGUCGAAGCCCUCGAACGCGGACAUCUCGUCACUGGCGUUUCGCGCAGUCCAGAGAAGUUUCAGUACAGUCAGCCGAAUUUUACCCCGGCGGCAGGCAAUCCCACGGACGCUCAAUCUGUUGCUGAACUGGUUGACGGAGUGGAUGCCAUCAUUAUUGCCGUUGGCGCUAGAACGGCCACCCGGCCAGAGGAGACCGCCAUGAACCAGACGGCUAUUGCCGUGUCUCAGGCACUCGCUGAGGCCGGCUCAAGUGGGCCUCAGGUGGUCAUUAUCGGCGGCGGUAUGACGAUGCGCGGCAGUCGUGAAAACAUGAUCAAACAUAUGCCGCCUCACGCCCCGCAGGGAUCGGCUAUGUACGCGUUGUUUCUGGGCCAUUGGGAAGCCUAUGAAACCUAUAUGGCCUCAAAUAUCAAUUGGACUUUUCUGGCGCCGCCAAUGAAUAUUUUAGGCUUCGGGCGAGGGGCAAACGAUCAACCCAACGAGCGUACGGGGGGUUAUCGAACCUCAACGGAGCAAUCCGUAGUGUCUGCUGAUGGGAAAAACCAAAUUUCCAUGGCUGAUCUUGCGGUGGCGGCGCUAGAUUUUGCUGAGCAGCCUAAAUUCAAUCAAGUCAAAGUUACGGUAGGUUACUGA